AUGGCAUGCUGUAUGAGACGAGCUGACCUCCAUGUCGUCAAGAAGCUUCUGACCAGCAUCAUCGUCUGCAUUACAGACUCCUCCGGCACCAUCCAAGGUCAGGGCCUCCUCGUUUUCCCCGGCCGUGUCGCGCUCGAAACGAUUUCCCUUCCAACCCGUGAACGGCUUCGAACCAAGGCGUACGCGGGGAUGGAUGCUCCCACUGUCUGCCUCCUACCGACGUACAUCGCCCAAAGCCCCCGUAUGGAGUGGCUCCGCCGCCUUAUCAACUCGAUCCGUCUCUUUUCAGCCCCAAGGUGGCAGGGCAACCCAUUUUCGGACGACAGCACCAUCGGUCAGACAGUGGACGCCCUCCGGCGCUUUGUUAAAGCGACACUCCAGAUCAUUCGCCAAGGUAUCGACCGGUACGACCCCCUGUGGAAGGUUGGGGUUCUUAUUCAAUCAAUGGAGCACGACCCGAUCGUCGGCAAGGACUUUAUGCCAGCUCGACUGUUGGCGUGCUACAUCGAUCCGCAGGGAAGGCUCGAUUACGAGCUUGCCACUCUGGGCAAUGUCAAGGCUCUACUCCUCGACGACGCCUCGUACAUCGUGUCUGCUGAGGAGCUCCUCACAGGGCACACUGCCCCUUAUCGCCUACUGGACCACCGCAUCCUUCCCUCCUCGUAA